UCACAGCGGGUGGAAUACCGGAAGUCGAGUGUCGCUGUAACAAAUGGCGGCCGUGACGUUCCGUUGCGUACUACACGUCAGCCCAUUGAAUUUCGAAGGAGUGGUCUAUCUUGUCCCUCUCCAAAGAUCCUAUAGUAGAGCUCGGCUAUAGAAUCGUUGGCAGAAUCUUUGCGCCCGCCUGCGCCUUCAGCGGGUCGUCCGUCGGCGGUCGCUUGCUCGGUCUGGCAGGGACGGCGAGGGCUAAAGAGUAAAAAAUAUUUGAAGAUCUCUGUUGUAAAAUGAACCAAAAAAAGAAUAUGGAAACGGCUGAGAUUUGGUGUUCUGAUAUUGAAACUAUUCAUGAACGCUAUAACCAGCGUUGGCAUAUAAUAAAGAUGCACAUCUUAUGGCCCUAUUUAUUUGUUCAGAAGAAAGACCAUGAUCGCUAUCUACAGUGGGCUAUUGCAGCCAAAUUCAUAGAUCCAGAGAAUUAUGACAUCUUUGAAUUAAAUAUGAUAAAGCUAAAAAAUAUUGAGCUCCUAGAAGAAGUGCUUCACGCACUAAAGAAACGCAAUCACUCUAUAACAUUUCUGGAGCGUUUAUUGGACUUGUUGGAUAAAGUAGAUGCGAUUAAUUGUGACCUUGAUGAGGCCAUUGCUAUGAUAGAAAAGACGGAAGAAAUUAAUGCCUUGCAAAUGGAGGUGAAAUCUGGAACAAGACGUUCCAGAAUGGCAGCUAUUGCAAUUGGGUGUUUUCAAUAUGCAUAUUUUCUUAAGCUGUUUAUGUGUCCUGAAAAUCUUCCUCAUAUAGUACCAAACAUAGAUGCCGAGUCAUUUCUGGAAAGCAAAGACUGCAGAGAGAGAGGAAACAAGGAAUUUAAAAAGGAGAACUAUGAAGCUGCUGUGAACUUGUACUCCAGGGCAAUUGAUUUAAGUCCUGACAAUGAAAUACUGUAUGGAAACAGAGCGUUCUGCUUUUUUCGUAUUGAAAAUUACAAAAAAGCUCUUGGUGAUGGAAAAAGAGCCAUAAUCUUGUGCCCAGCUUGGACGAAGGGUCAUUAUCGCUUUUGUGAUGCCUUGUUUUCGAUGGGAGAACAUAAGCAUGCUAUUGAAGCUAAUGCCAAGGCUCAAGAAUUAUGCAGGAGCGAUCCAAAUGGAAUUCGGGAUUUAAUUCAGCAGAAAUCAAAAUUCGUUAGACUGCAGGAUGAAAAUGCUGAGAAACUAAAGACUGAUACAAUAAAGAAAGAAUUAAGCACCAAAAAAGAGCAAACCCAAUUAGCCACUCAACCUGUAAAUGAAUGUCAUAAGAAUGAGUCCACUCGGCCACUGAGUGAAGGUCAUAAGACUGAGUCCAAGAGGAACCAGGAAAGAAAUGUUUUAAAGCGUCAUCAGUCACCACGGCCAAAGAUGACGUCAACGCCUUUAAACAGCUCAGAUAAUUUAAUGGACAAAUUGACAUCUCUGAUUCAAGAUGGACAUGUAGCCUUAUCGGAACAGCGAGCCCGCAAUGCUGAACGUGCCUUCUUUCAGGUCCUGAAGUUCGUGAAUCCAGAAAAGCUUGAGGAAGUAUCUUUGUCCACCAUGGACUAUGUGAUAAUAAUCUAUGGUCAUGCCUCUGCCCUCCUUGGCAUUGGACAGCCUGAGGAGUUGACUGAGGCUGAAAAUCAAUUUAAUAAAAUCUUGGAGCGGUUUCCAGAACAAAGGCUUGAUUGUUUGGCAUUCUAUGGACUUGGCAAAGCAUACUUUCAGCAGAACAGAUUUAUCGAUGCUUUAGAUCCAUUCACUAAAUCCUUACUUAUGAUAAACCGUAAGAUUGUACCUGGCAUACUAACAUGGCCCACAACAGCUGUUGUUAUCGAAGAAACACAAAAUGAAAAGUUAAAGGCAUUAUUGGAAGAAUACAUAGAGAGGUGUCAAUUCCCUCCACAACCUGAUGCAAUCUGCCGCUAUCAACAUUGCCAAGGCCAUUCUAAGGCCCAGAUUUAUUUCUCAGACCCAGAUUUUAAGGGUUUUAUUCAAGUAGUAUGCAUCCUACAGUGCCGUUUAGAGUACCAUAUCAAUUGCUGGAAAAAAUUGAAGGCCACAUCAUUUGAAGAUAAAAAUGACAAGGAAUUUCUCAAUGGCCCAUGUUUCACUCCAGAUUGUGAAGGGAAAUUUUCUGAACUUGUAAUAUAUGAUUCAAAAGGUCUUGUGAAAUGUGAGUUUGUGACUAAAAUAAUGAAAAACAAAGGAUCUUUGAAAACAGUUGUUAAACAGAAAUGCUCAAGUGCUGUGAAGUUAAAGAUUAAAGAAGAUCGUAAACAAACAAGAAAAUUAAGAAAAGCAUCACUAUACAAUGCCGAAAAGCAAAGUAAAGAAAAUGUUGAAAAGAAUAUUAAAACUGAAGAAACCAAUUCUAAAACUGGUCAUUCCUGGAAUCCUUUUGGUGAUCAAAUGUUGCAGUUGAUAAUUAAAAACAAAGAAAAGUUAAUAUCUGGAAGUUGGAAUGUUUCAACUCUACUUCAAGAACUGCUAUCUUUGCAUGUUCUAAGCAAAGAGGACUGCGAUAUGCUAUCUACUGAUGCCUCCAAGCCAUGUCAAGUUAUGGAUCAACUGCUUGACCUCAUUGUGCAGAAGAAUAACAGAGUAAAGACAAGGGUGUUCCUUUUCACGCUUACAAAAUGCCAAGAAGUUGACAACAAACUGUUAGAUUGGAUUAACUGGCUAAAUGAUUCGGGCCGUGAAGCAGCAGGAUUGUUCAUGCUUCGUUAUUCCAAAUUCAUAGAGCAACUGGACCUGGACUCUUUACUAAACCUACUCAAAGCAUCUGAAAUUGAUCUAACAAUGUAUAAUAGCACAAAGGAAAUUGUCGAACAAUUGAAACAGGAAUCGCCCACAAAAGCCCGCAGCUUUAUCUGGAUGUUGGAGGAGAAAAGAGAGCAAUUCCCUUCCCUGCAUAAUCCUUUGGAUGAAUAUUUUAAUGCAAUGGAUGCUCCUUGUACCGUAUUGAAGAAGCAAGAAAUUGAAGAAUUAUCUAAUUCUGGCCUUAAAAGUAAAAUCCGAAACAGAAAAAAAAAGUUAAAAGAUUCCAAGACUGUGAUCCUUCUACCUGGGAUGCUUGGAAGUGGGACUCGUGAAGAGGAUGAUGAUGAAGUAAACUCAGAUGAUAGCAACCUGGUGCCAAUGAAUUCUGCAGAUGGUUUUACAGUACCAAGCUAUCUUUAUCAGCAAAUGGAGGAAUUUGAAGAUAUGUACGAUGAUAUUUCAAUUGGUAGUCGUUACCAGCAACUUCUCGACAAUAGCUCGGACCCAACUUGUGAAAAUUUAUAUGAUUACUUUGCCCAAAUUCUGAAUGAACAUGGUCCACUGGAAGUUGAUGACUCACUAUUGGUAGGCGAGUUUGAAAACUUCCCACCAGAGGCUCAGGAUGUGGUGCGAAUGGCAGGUGGUUUGAAAUCAUUUCUUAUGGGCUCGUUGCGAUUUGUGAUGAACAAAGGUGUGAUUGGACUCGCGAAGCACGCAGUACAAUUGGAGAAUUUGACUGGAAAUGAUAAAGCAGCAACCAGAAGCACAAAAAUAUCACAGACCAACUCAGAUGAAAUUUCUAUUGAAAGCUUGCGACCAGUGGCUCCUCUCAAUCCUGCUGCUAAAGAAUUCAUGCCAUUAUCUCAUGGUCAUUCAUAUAUAUUGACAUCAAAUAUAAAUUCAUUAUAUGAACCACAAAAUCAAGAGUAUUUACAUUAUAAUAGUGAACUGGGAGGUAAUAUUUCAACGGAUGAUGGGUAUAUGCAUAAUCCAAUGAUUUAUAACUCAGCCAUCACAUCAGAACAUAAUUUGAAGACUAGAGAUCCAAUGAACGAACAUUACUUAAGUGCUUCUGAAUGCUCACCAGUUUUCGAUCCAUCAUUCUGUGGCGAUCCAUCAUCCGAUACUGUGACUGACACAUCACAAGUAAUCCCGGUUUUCCCCAUACAACAAUUAAACCUACCUGUUACUAAUUCAAAUAAUCAGCUUCAUUCUCUUAAUGGAGGGAGUGAUCCUGUAAUGAAUGAAAUAGAAAAUAUGAAGCUUCCGUCUUGUGGUAAAAAUGCAGCAGCCGUAGGCACACUUGAGGUACCUCGUGCCAGUUUUGUGACAGAAAGUUCGAAGGGAGCAUCAAACAAGCUGGGCAGUGUAAAAUACAAUAAUAAUAAUAAUAAUAAAAAGCAUGAAAAUAAACAAUGCUCAUUACUGAGGACCAUUGCCGUACAGGUUGAUCGGGAAUCUUUAUGUAACACCAAAAGCAAUACUGAUCCUUUUCAACCAUUUGAAAAUCAACAGGGUGAUAUUUUGAGGAUUGAGAAAGAGCAUAAUGUUCUCCAGCAACAAUUACAAGAAGCAGAAGAAAAAUAUGAUCAGCUUACAAAGCGCAGCAAGAAUGAAAUUACUACUCUUGAAGAAAGGAUGUCUCAAUUCACACAAAAAAAUGAGCUUCUAAAAUCUGAGCUCAACUCAGUUCGUCACGUCUUGCAAAGUGAAAUUAAGAAGAGUCUACAUGAAAAGCGAGAAAAUAAUGAAACCUUAAAAAAACUCAAACUCAAAGUUAGAUCUCUUGCUGAGCUGAAUCAAAUGUACACUCAAAAUAUACAGGAGAAAGAACAGCUUUAUAAAGAUUGCACCAAAGAAUUUGAGGAAAUAAGUGACCAGUCAUCAAGAGAAAAUAAAAAGGUAGAAGAAGCCAUUAAGAAGAAUGUUGAUGUAUACAACGCAACUAGUAAAAGAGCCAUUGAAGCGGAGGUGGCUGUGCUGGAAGAGCUGCAGAAAACACAGUUGGUUUCCCAUUACAGAGCAGCUGAUAAGACAAAAUGUAAUUUGGAGAAACUGAGAGCAUUGAAUAUCAACACAUCAGCUAUUCCACAACUACGCAUGUCAAUUUCUGCCUGGGAAUAUUUAUUGUUUGAAAUUCAACGUACAAUCCAUCAAACUGAGGAAUGUUUUAAAGAUCAGAUUACUCGGGUGAAAGCUGGAAUGCACUUAAGCAGCCUGGCACCAGUGACUGUACCAAGCCUCCCAAUGCCACCACCUGUGAUGCUGGAAAUGUCAACUAUUGAUGAUCCUGCCAUUAUUGCAUCUUUCCCUCGUGCUGCAACUCCGCUCCUGGAGUUACAAAUGCAAAAACAUAAUUUACUACUGCCACAAGGCUCAACUAUUCUAACGGAGAAUUCCACGCCGUCAAUCACAAGAGCCACUAUAGAAAAGACAAAGUUUCCAUCCAGCUUUCAGGACCAGCAUUCCUCAAACCAUUUUCAAUCUGGUGCUGCUUGGACCAAGCCUCGGUCUACCUGGUCACCAACAAGUAGUCGAUCAGACUCACCUGUGGGACCGAUACUCGCAAGCUCUGCUGAAUCGCAGCCUUCUACAAAUCAAUCUGCACAUGCAAAAUCUCAGCAAUGCAAUAGCUUUGAUAAGAUAAUCUUCCGUCUUUUAGCCAUGUUCCCUGAUUAUACACAUGCCAGCCUGACGAACUUCAUUAAAGAAGUUCGUAGUGCAAAUGGUGGUUCCCUUUCUGGAUUAGUGUACGAUGAGAUAAUCAAUCAAGUGGCAGAUCACAUCCUGGAUCAUCAGGACAGAAAAAAGGUCCAGUUUCCGUCUGCCAACUUUCAACAGGCAACAAUCCUGGCUGACCAAAGAUCCGCUUUUGUCCCAAGUGAUGUCCCAAAAACUAACUCGGUGAACAGAAAGUCCAGACUACCCGAUGGUCUUUCCCAACCUUGGCGACCAGUCAAUGUUCACACUGCUCCACAGUGGCAGGGAAGCGGUAACAUAAUAUUUGACGGCGAGCCGUGUAUUAUUUGUCAUGAUGAUUUAACGCCAGACGGCAUGUGUGCGUUGCAAUGCGGGCAUCACUUCCACGAGGUGUGCAUCAAGCAAUGGCUGAAAGCAAAUAGCACCUGUCCAACAUGUCGAGUCCAUGCUCUCCUGCCUGAGGACUUCCCCAUGCUGCCUGGAAUAUUAACUCCACUAAACUUACCUUUCUCAUAAUGAAUUGUUAUUCUGACUAUUUAAUGCCAACUGUUUUCUCUCCACUGGAUACAAAAUAAUUACUUUUAUAAUAAAGUAAAAUUAAUUAUAUCUUGAAAUUAUGUACUUCAGCAUAUUAAAGUGACCUAACUGAGAAGCAACAGAUCCAACUCUGCUACAGUAAAGGUUACGAGUGGUGGAUUAGCAGGCUUUUUGGCUAUACUUUCACAAGAAAUUUGCAUAAUUUUUUUAAUUGAUUUUAAAAUUCAUAAAUUGACUAUUGUAUAAUCAAGGAAGAUAUUAAAACAAUCUUAUUAUGUCAUGUGCUUUCUUACAGCAACUCAAAUGUAACACCUUUCAUUAUGUAUCAAACUAUUAAAAGACCAAAACGAAA